UCGCGAGUUCGACGCUUUAACGUGAACUAUCUCUUCAGCAGGUACUCUACAUCUAUAGCUCUAUCAUCUAUAAAUAGAGACCCUGAAGACUCGAAAGUGAGCCCAUCAUGGACGUCCAGAAACUCUUCGAUGUGAAGGGCAAAGUGGUGCUGGUCACUGGCGGAGCCAAAGGCAUUGGCCGCAUGAUCUCCGAGGGAUAUGUAGCGAACGGUGCCACCGUCUAUAUCUCCUCGCGCGAUGCGAAGGCCUGCGAGAAGGCCGCCAGCGAGCUCAAUGCGCUCGGCAAGGGCAAGGCCUAUGCUAUUCCCGCCAACUUUUACCAAGAGGAAGAUCUCAAGAAAUUGGCAGAAGAGCUGGCCAAGCGCGAGAGUAAGCUUCACAUUCUCGUCAACAACUCGGGAUCGAACUGGGGUGCCCCAUACGAUGAAUACCCAUCUUCCGCCUGGACACGGGUCCUCACUCUCAACCUCCACAGGGUGUUCGACCUCACCAAGCUUCUCACGCCCUUGCUCGAGAAGGCUGCUGCGCCGGGCGACCCGGCUCGGGUCAUCAACAUUGGCAGUAUCGAUGGGUUGAGGGUCCCGGCGCUGGAGACCUUUGCUUACAGCGCUAGUAAAGCUGGUUUGCAUCAUUUGAGCCGAGUCCUGGCUAAUCAUCUUGGAAGGAGGAAUAUCACAUCGAAUACUCUGGCUUGUGGUCCUUUCCAGAGUAAAAUGAUGGCCGCCACCUUGGAGGCGCAUCGUGAGACCAUCGAGGGAAAUAUCCCAUUGGGUCGUAUCGGGAGUCCGGAAGAUGUGGCAGGGGCUUGUCUGUUCCUGGGGAGCCGCGCUGGUGCCUACGUGAACGGAGCAACUAUCACUGUUGACGGUGGUAGCUCUGUUGCUGCUAGGCUGUAAUCAGUGCUGUCAGCGCUACGAAGCAUUCGAGACAUUAGCCUAUGGUCAUUUCAGUAAUAAUCAUGAAGGUGAAUCAAGGCUCCGACUUACCGGUGAAACUCACUCUGAGUUCGUAGUUUGCGAGCCUGUACCACCUGAUGAACUAGCAUGACCCAUACCAGUACGGGGAGACGUGUCAUUUUUGAGCAUUGUAGGGAAUAGUAUGUGUUGAGGCGCCACAUUGUUGAGGCUAAUAAAACUCAACAUCAGCUGAC